AAAUAAAUAAAAUCUUAAAAAAAAAAAAAAAAGAAAGAAACCACAGUAGAGCCCCAGGUACAAGAAUCUCAUUAGCAAAACCUGGCAGACAGCACAUAAAACACUCUUCUCCUAAAUCUGUUUUCUCAAACAUUAACGUUCAAGAGCAACCUACAGUAAAAACCUUCACGACAUAGUUGCCUGUGGGUAACACAACUUCCAGACCCAAAAACUGAGGACAAUUUUGUUCUCAAAAGUAGUUUCCUCACCCUCCUCAGGACCUGCUGCCUGCCAUGAAACACUGUGCCCUGGUCCUACUCUUCCACGGUCUUCAUGCCUCAACCUAACCUCACUCCUUAUGGGGGAUCCCCUCCGCCCCCAGGCCAGGCCACACCACACACACCAACAGCAUUCGCCACCUCUUCCCAUCAUGUUCCCUUCAUGAUGAUCACUUCCGGAGGAUUUUCUGAUCAGGGCCAGCAAUUAGCUGGAAGAGUUGGUUAAAGCCACUUUUGUGCACAUGACACAAAACAUUCCCGACACAACUCAUUUUAAAUGGAAACAUAUACGUGCACAUUCCUUGGCCAAUAUUUUUGCUGUAGGGCCAAAGCCUUUCCUCCGAGUGUGGGGUUUGUUGGCCAGAGUUCCUAUAUUGGCUAUUUGCUAAUUGUGGUUAUUAUAAAUCAGAACAAGAACUAGUCAGCAUGUGAAAUCCUGGAUUUUUGCAACAUGUUUCCAGUUGUCUUGCCACAUCUGUUUUGACAGACAUACUGAGUGAUUCCAAAGUCAUUCCAAAGUGGUCAAAUAGGUGCUUAUAGCAACAACUCCCACCCCCUCAACCCCACACUACCCCCGCCCCCUUGAGGUGUGGCAGGGAGCUUCGGAGCUCAGUCUCUGUAGCCGAGCUCCACAGCUGGGUUUAAACCCCCAAGCAGUUACUUCUUAGCUGGAUGACCUUGGGUGAGUUGCUUCACCUCGGUGCCUGCUCCACAGCUGUAAAACUGGGGUUUCAGCGAUUCCUGUUGCUCCAUGUUCUUAUGUAACAUUAAGUGUGAUUAUGUCAUUACAAUAACAAGGACAAAUGCCACAAACAGGUUUGGGAACAAACAGCUGACUCCUGAUAAGCAACCAACUUCACUGAUGGAGGAAGUAGGCAGCUGUGCUAGAGACCAGCCUGCUGUCUGGGAGCGUUCAGCAGCCAAGGGCAUGCGUCAGUAUGUUUUACGGAGGGAAACUCGAAACAUCAGUGAGGACGCCUGAACAUACUACCCUGAGCAGCCCCCAAAACGACAUCACAAAAAGAACAGAACGCAGCUGAAGGGGUUCACAUGGACAAACUGACAAACCAGAAGUUCAUGUGGAAUGAUGAGUUCUGGCAAAAUCCGUGGGACCAGGGAGGCCUGGCAGUGAUCUGCUUAUUCAUCACCACGAUCCUGUUUCUCAUUGUGUUUGCCAUUAUAUUUGGUUUACUCCCUCCACUUAAGGUCAAGCAGUAUGAAGAGUCAUGACCUGACUUUCUGGGGGGGCCAAGAAGGGGCCCACCUGUUAACUCUCAAAACACCAUGUACCUUUUCUUCAAAGCCCUUUUAAGAGUCUGCAAUUAUACAUAUAUGUUAACAUAAUUAAUUAACUAAUGUGAUUAUCUGAGAAGUGCCCGUCUUCCCCACUGAACAGAACACCACAAAAGCAGGGGAGGGUCUCUUCCUGCUCACCACUGUACCCCCAUACCCAAUGUACCUGGAGCAGAGUCCGUUUCAAACAAUAUUUGCUGGUUGAAUAAAUGAAUAAAUGAUCAAACAAAUGGACAGACAGGAAGAUGCUGGGCUGCCUGCUCCCCCCAGACCACAGUCCCCAGAUGACAGCGCCCCAGUUCAGUUGAGGCCCAAACACAAAGCUGUUCUUCUAUCUCAGACGAGGUACAGAGGCCUCUGAGCCGGAAGUUGCUUCAACCUAAUGACGGUUCCUUUUGACACUAAGAGAUGAAGAGCACCGUCCGGAGUGAACAAAUGCUUGUCACGGCCACAGCUGGACGCGGAGGAGAGCGGAGCACCGCUGGAUGCCCUGCCCCGACCUCAUUCAUACUGACCUGAGUGUCUCUGCCACUGGUCCCAGAGAUGCCCAGGUCUCCCUCACAGGGUCCCACAGCCCCCACACACCCAAGACCACCCUACAACACCAUCUUUGUAGAGGUGUACCUGCCUCUGCCAAAGCCGCCACACCGGACUGGCCCUGGCAGCCAGGUGCCCUCCCUUAGCAAACAGCUGCUUUCACUUAAACCACAAACCAGGACUAUUCUUAGAAAAAGAGCAAAUAUCUGGUGGGG